GCUUGAGCACCUGUGAGAGUGUGUGUGAUUCAUUACACAAAGUACACACAAAGUGAAGGACUACAGCGCUCCACGUCAGACGCAAACAUGCAGAGCAACAGCUCUCCGGGAGCCAGCCUCCUCUCUGAGGAGCAGUUCUGCUGCUCCAUCUGUCUGGAGGUGUUUGUGGAGCCCGUCUCCACGCCCUGCGGCCACAGCUUCUGCAAGGCCUGCCUGCAGGGCUACUGGAACCACAGCAAGAAGUUCCUGUGCCCCAUGUGCAAGAAGAGCUACACCAAGAGGCCCGAGAUGAGCGUCAACAGGGUGCUGGCCGAGAUCUCCACCCAGUUCCAGGGGCUGAUGACGGCCGGGGGAGCCGGGGUCGCGGGGGGAGCCGGGGCUGCCUCGAGGGGGUCCACGUUGAAUCUGAGCUCGAACUCGGGCCAGGGGAAGGACACCGGGGAGUUUGCACAGGCCGGGGAGGUCGCCUGUGACGCCUGCAUCGGGAGGAAGUUGAAGGCGCACAAGUCGUGUGUGAACUGUCCGGGGUCAUUCUGCGAGACUCAUCUCAGACAUCACAGAAAGGUGAAGUCUCUGAUCUCCCACCGCCUGAUCGAGCCCACUUUCCACCUGGAGGAGAAGAUCUGCAAGAAGCACGAGCGCCUCCUGGAGGUCUACUGCCGCACCGACCACGCCUGUGUCUGCACCGCCUGCGCAGAGGCCACGCACAAGUCGCACGACAUCGUCCCCACGGAGCACGAGUGGAAGAAGAAGAUGAGUAAUCUGGGAAAGAAGAGGUCGGAGUUGAAACACCUGAUCAAGGAGAGAGCCAAGAAACUGGAGGAGAUUAAACAAUCCAUCAAGGUGAUCAAGGCCAGCUCUCAGAGGGAGUUGGAGGAGAGCUGGCAGGUGUACGCCGAGCUGCAGCGCGUUGUGGAGCAGAGUCAGGCGGAGCUGGUGGAGCUGAUCGCCACGAGGCAGCGGGAGGCGGAGCGCCACGCGCAGGAAUUAGCCCGGGGCCUGGAGAACGAGCUGAGCCAGCUGAGGAGGAGGAGCAACGAGCUGGAGGCCUUCGCUCAGACGCAGGACAAAGUGGUCUUCCUGCAGAACAUAGUGACGCUGUCUCCCCCGCCCGAGCCUGCCGAUUGGUCGGCGGUCAGCAUCAACACCGACCUCUACCUGGGGACCAUCCGCACCUCGGUCAGCGGCCUCAUCGAGAAGUUCCAGGAGGAGCUUAAGAGGCUGUACGGGAAAGAGCUCCGCAAGGUCCAGAACUAUUCGAGUGAGGUGAUUUUGGACCCCGCCACGGCUCAGAAGAACCUGGCUGUGUCGGAUGACGGUCGCCAGGUGAGGUAUGAAGAGCGGAAGGCCUCCCACUCCGAGGGCCCGAAGCGCUUCAGCCCCGCCCUCUUCGUCUUGGGCCGCGAGGGCCUCAGCUCCGGGCGUCACUACUGGGAGGUGGACGUGUCGCGCAAGAUGGCCUGGACGCUGGGCGUGGCCAGCGCCUCUGCUCGUCGCAAAGGUGAGAUCAAGCUGAGCCCCGGCGGCGGGUACUGGUGCCUGUGGCUGAAAAACGGCGAGGUGAAGGCUCUGGAAUCUCCCCGUCUGCCUCUGCAGAUGCCAUCCCAGCCCGGCAAAGUGGGAGUCUUCCUGGAUUACGAAGGAGGCCACAUUUCCUUCUAUGAUGUGAAGGCGCGUCUGCAUCUCUACACCUUCAGCCACUCCUUCAACGAGGGUCUCUAUCCCAUCUUCAGCCCCUGCCUCGUCCAGGACGGCAAGAACGCUUCUCCUCUAGUGAUCACACCUGUGAAACACUGCCCCGUUCAGAGCCUGGUUGCUUGCGCUGAAAAAAUGACCCUGCCUCUCCGCCGUGUAGGAAUGGCCACCACUGGGAACCUUUCAGAAGAGCAGGUGCACUGCUCCAUCUGUCUGGACGUCUUCACCAACCCGGUCUCCAUCCCCUGCGGCCACAACUUUUGCCAGAGCUGCAUUCUGGGAUACUGGAAAACCAGCCCUUUGUACCAGUGUCCCAUGUGUAAGAAGUCCUUCUACAAAAGGCCCGAUAUUUGCAUUAACACGGUCCUGAGGGAAAUCGCGGAGCAGUUCAAGGAGAUCAGGGUUAGGAGUGCGGAAGGGACGUUAAGCGAGGAGGAGGGAGAGGAGAAAGAAAAGAGGUGGGUGAUGGAAAGGAGAAAAAGGGAGGACGAGGAGAGGCUUUUGGAGAAAGAUCAGAAGCAGCAGCUACUGGAGGAGCUGAAAGAGAAGCAGGAGGAGGAGAGGAAGAAGAAGGCGCCGCAAGAGGAGUUACCACCUCUGAUCCCCCCUGUGGCAGCACCCAAAACCUCUCCUCCACCGUCACCUGAGGGGCCGCCUCCUCCUCUUCCUCAAACCUCACCUCCACCUUCGCCUCAAAUCGCCGCUCCUCAAACCUCACCUCCACCCUCGCCUCAAAUCGCCGCUCCUCAAACCUCGCCUCCACCCUCGCCUCAAAUCGCCGCUCCUCCAGCUCCUCAAACCUCGCCUCCACCCCAGUCUCAAAUCGCUGCUCCUCCAGCUCCUCAAACCUCCUCUGCCCUCCCACCUCCAUCCUGGGAAGAGGUCCUCUGCGAUGUUUGCCUCGGGGAAGGCAGGCCCAAAGCGGUCAAAUCCUGCCUCGUGUGUCUGACUUCGUUCUGCGAGGAGCACCUGAAGUCUCAUUCCGCCAGGUUCACCAAGCACAAGCUCAUAGAGCCGGUUUCCAACAUGGAGGACAGGAUGUGUCCGAAGCACGAAAGGCUCCUGGAGCUGUUCUGUAAGAAGGAUCAGACGUGUGUGUGCGUGCUCUGUACGGAGACGGACCACCGGGCGCACUACACCGUACCUGUGGAGAGGGAAUGGAUAGAUAAAAAGGCUCAGCUAAAGAGGACAGAAAUGGACGUCCAGCAAAUGAUCCAAGAAAGAGUGGAAAAGUUGGAGGACAUCAAACACGCUGUGGAGCUGCACAAAGCCAGUGCGCAGAGAGAGAUCCAGGAAAGCAUGCAGGUCUUCUCAGAGCUGGUUCGCGCCAUCCAGAGGAAUCAGGCCGAGCUGGUUUUGUCCAUAGAGGAGAAGCAGAGGCAGGCGGAGAGGUGGGCCGAAGGCUUCAUGACUGAGCUGGAGCAGGAAAUCUCUGAGUUGAAGAGGAGGAAUACAGAGCUGGAGAACGUGGCUCGGACCGACCACAUUCACUUCUUAAAGAAUUUCCCAGCUCUGAGCACUCCUCCUUCAGUCAAAGACUGGUCUGAGACCAGUGUUCCCACUGACACGUGUGUGGGCAUGAUCAGGAGAUCUGUGUCCAAACUGGAGGCAACGUUAAAUGAAAUGAUCAACAAACUGGCUGAGAGUGAGAUUAAAAAGAUUUUAAAAUACACAGUGGACGUCACCCUGGACCCCGACUCAGCCAACCCGUGGCUGCAGCUCUCUCAGGACAGACAUCAGGUGAGACACCUGGGUGCAUGGCAGGACCUCCCAGACCACCCUGACCGCUUCGACACCGUGGUCAUCGUCCUGGCCCGUGAUGGCUUCACCUCAGGGAGGCAUUACUGGGAGGUCCAGGUGGGGGACAAAGACGACUGGUACAUGGGUGUAGCAAGGUCCUCUGUCAACAGGAAGGGCAGGAUCUCUGUCAGCGCCACACAGGGCUACUGGGCUCUGGCCAUGAAGAAAGGCCAGGGCUACCGGGUGUCCACGUCCCCGCCCAUCCUGCUCACCCUGGACCCCAAACCAAAGCGAGUGGGCGUGUAUGUGGACUACGAGGAGGGGCAAGUGUCCUUCUAUGACGUGAGGGCACGGACUCAUAUUUACACAAUUAAAGAUACGUUCAGGGAGAAGAUCCUUCCCUUUUUCUACCUGUACUGCUGCGACAAAGCCUCAGAUACCAUGAUGAUUUGUCCUGUGAAUGAGAAAAGCCUGAUCAAGCAAAGCUAAGACGGGUUUGAAAGAAAAGACAAUAUCAAGAAAGCCUUUGCAAAAAAAGCUACUUUUGCUUAGCUACUUUAUAGAAAAAGCCAACAUGCUAGUUAGCUUAGCAUAAAGACGAGAAGCAGAAGGCUAAUAGCUAGCCUAGCUCUGUCCAUAAGCAACAAAAUCUGCCUAGCAACACCCCUUCAAUUUACUUCUUAACACAUUACUUUCAAGAAUAAUAAACAAAUAAAUUAAACAUUUUGUUCAGAUUUGACAAGAAUGGUGUCGCUUUUUAAGUUGUGCACAAGGAGUGUUCAUUGGGAGAUUAGCAUGACAGUAGCUGCUAAACUUAGCUUUGGGUUUUUUGCUUUUUGCCUCACAGAUGUAAAAAAAACAAAUUGACAUUUUCAUAUAAUUCACUGCAGAACCAAAAAGCAUUUCUUCUGAUGCAUGAUGUGUA